AUGUCAUUACCAUCAAGCGCACCGCAACCAAGAUUGACAUGUUCAUUUGGUAACAUUGCAUCACAUUAUAAGCGACACACACUUGGCUGUCCAAUGACCAAUAUAUGGAAACGCCUUGUUAUUGGUGUUGCUACAAUUGAGAUGACGAAUAGUUCCAGUGCCGAAGAUACUGUUGCACCUUCAAUUGUGAAUUCUUUUGUUGAUUCAAAAAAUCCUGUAAUUCAAUCAUCCUCAUCAAAUUAUCGACAUUCUACUUCAAAGAGACAUACAAAAGCAUCAUCAACAACAUAUGGUGGUGGUAUUGGCAAUAAUGAUCAUCAUGAAAUCACUAUAAGUUCUGAAGAGCGCUCAUCAUCAGAUUAUACACAACCUGAAAUUAUAAAAAGGGUUGGUGAGGAAGAUUUAGCAAAGUCUUCUCUGAACAUUUAUAAAAAAUAUGGUCAUAUGAAUAUAUUACCAGAGGAAAGUCGUACGACGAUGCAGGAUUUAAUUGAACGGCAAGGGAGAUUUAAUCCUGUUGUGUUUUCAUCAGCAAAAUCUUAUGUUUAUCAUAUCAUGAAUGUAAUAUAUUUUCCAAAAUUUAUACAAUCCGCUAUUGACAUGAAUAUAUCUCAUUUAAAUGCUAUAGCCGCUCUACCUUUGGGCAUAGUAGCAUUAACAAUUGGUUUGGCUCUAGAAUUAUUUCUUAUUUUUAUGGGCGAAGAAAACAGAUUAAAAAGAUUUUGGGGGUUUCCUCCUAUAUGGUUAGGUUGGAUUUUAUUACAAACUGCUGCUACUCGUUUCUUUCCACCCUUAAUCUUAUUUGGUGCAAGUGAAUAUAAAUUAUUUCGAUUUCAUAAAAUCAAAGAAAUUUCAGUUCUAUAUGCUCAUAGGAAACGUGCUUUUACUUUUCUAAUGUGGGAUACUUUAGCCACUGUAAUAACGAUCGUCCAAGCACUUAUUUAUUCAUCCGAACCUGAACGGUUUGUAAUUUGGUUUCAUGGCUUUAAAGCUUUGGCUUUGAAAAAUUGGGAACGUGCCAAAAAAUGA